AUGUCCGUGUCAAGGCUUAAGGCCGAGCUGAAGUUCCUGGCGUCCAUCUUCGACAAGAACCACGAGCGAUUCCGCAUUGUCAGUUGGAAGCUGGACGAGCUGCACUGCCAGUUCGUGGUGCCGCCACCGGCGCCGCCCGGCAGCCCGCAUUCGCCGCCGCUCACCCUGCACUGCAACAUUACGGAAUCUUACCCAUCUUGUUCACCAAUAUGGUUUGUGGACUCCGAUGACCCAAAUUUGACGUCAGUUCUGGAACAUCUAGAAGAUACUAAAAACAACAAUUCGCUUCGUCAGCAAUUGAAGUGGUUGAUAUGUGAACUCUGCAGAUUAUAUAACCUUCCUAAGCACCUGGAUGUUGAGAUGCUAGAUCAACCACUACCCACGGGUCAGAAUAGGACCACAGAAGAAGUGACUUCAGAUGAAGAAGAGGAGGAAGAUAUGGGCGAAGAUAUUGAAGACUUAGAUCACUAUGAGAUGAAGGAAGAAGAACCUUUUAAUGGAAAACAGUCAGAGGAUGAAGGAAUUGAAAAAGAAAAUUUGGCAAUAUUAGAAAAAAUCAGGAAUACUCAAAGGCAAGACCAUCUAAAUGGCGCAGUGUCUGGGUCAGUACAAGCUUCUGAUAGACUUAUGAAAGAGCUCAGGGACAUAUAUAGAUCACAGAGUUAUAAAACAGGGAUUUAUUCAGUAGAACUCAUAAAUGACAGUUUAUAUGACUGGCAUGUCAAACUACAGAAGGUUGAUCCUGAUAGCCCUUUGCACAGUGAUCUUCAAAUCUUAAAAGAAAAAGAAGGCAUAGAAUAUAUUUUGUUUAAUUUCUCUUUUAAGGAUAACUUUCCAUUUGAUCCUCCAUUUGUUCGAGUGGUAUUACCUGUUCUCUCAGGAGGGUACGUUUUGGGUGGAGGUGCAUUAUGUAUGGAACUCCUCACAAAACAGGGCUGGAGCAGUGCCUACUCAAUAGAGUCUGUCAUCAUGCAGAUCAAUGCUACCUUAGUCAAAGGCAAAGCCAGAGUGCAGUUUGGUGCAAAUAAGAAUCAAUAAAAUUUAGCAAGAGCUCAACAAUCUUAUAAUUCCAUUGUACAGAUACAUGAGAAAAAUGGCUGGUAUACCCCUCCAAAGGAAGAUGGCUAA